AUGUUUUGGUCAUUUGUCAUUGGAUUAGAUGGUACUGUUUUUGGAAAAUUGAUGAUCCGAGAUAUUGAAUUAGCUUAUUGGGAAACAAAAAUGAAUCGAUUUGAUUUAUCUUUAGAUAAUCGAAGUCUUUUUGCUAAACUCGAUUCAUCGAUGUGGAUAGCUGCAAUAACAAGAGGCAAUGCCGAGCAGCGACAACAAAUUGCCGAUAGCCUUUACACAUUUUUACAUUCAACACCAACGCGAAUACCUCUAUCCGAUGUCUACGAUACAACAACAAACAAGGCUGUAUACUUUACAGCUCGACCUGUGCUUGGUGGUCUUUCAGCUCUUAUCUUCUUUCAAAUCAAUCUACAUGUUUUAAUUAAACACACCAACGAUAAGAGAAAAACUACAUUCGAAAUCAAUGUAGCUAUCAAAACAUGA